UUUGCAUUAGAGGAAUUCAAAAUGAGAAGGAUAUAGUUUCAUUAGCGGUCUCAGUAGACGAAUGUCGAUGAGCGCAUAGCAGGGACCGGCCAAAGAAUGCAUAUGAAUGGGAAUGAUUGAGAUAAGGUGUUACAAGAGAGAAGAAAAGCGAGGCAACGGAACGAUUUCAUUGCUGUACUGCCACAAAAAGGAGGACGAAGAUGAUGACUUGAUUCAGAAUGAUGUAGAUUCCAUAUGAUUCAACAAAGUUCCAUAAACUUACAACUAGAAUCUAUAGCUUCCGACAGUUGAUGAUUCCAAUAAUUCCUUCCUCAUCUACAUCUUCAACAUUCUCUAUAAAUUCUAGCAUUCACCCAUUACUGUAAUUCUAAUUGCAGGGUCCUUGCUGGGGAGAAUGAAUUUCUAUGCUUGGAUGUUGUUUGUUCCUCUUUGGCUUACAUUUUCUUACUCCGUUGGUGCGUAUAGUAUCUGGAGUGGCAAUGGGUUUCUUCAAGAAUAUGGAGAGAUUAUUGAUUUCUCUGGAGGUUAUGUCAUUCAUCUAUCAUCUGGUGUUGCUGGUUUUACCGCUGCUUAUUGGGUAGGACCAAGGAUACCACAUGACAGGCAACAUUUUCCACCAAACAAUAUUAUCCACAUGUUGGGAGGUGCAGGGUUGCUGUGGUUAGGGUGGAGUGGGUUCAAUGGAGGUUCGCCAUUGUCGGCUAACAUGCUCUCAGCUUUAGCCAUCCUCAAUACCCAUUUUUGUACUGCUAUCAGCCUCUUGGUUUGGAUGGGUUUGGAUAUGUAUUACUAUAAAAAGAGUUCUGUAUCAGGCGCUGUUCAAGGAAUGAUAACUGGCCUCGUCUGCAUCACUCCUGGUGCUGGGUUGGUGGAACCAUGGGCGGCAUUUGUCAUGGGCGUAUUGGCAGGUUUUGUACCAUGGUACACUAUGAUGGUUCACAAAAUAUCCACUCUCUACCAACUAGUGGAUGACCCAUUAGCCGUUUUUCACACCCACUCAGUUGCAGGUUUACUAGGAGGCAUACUCUCUGGCAUCUUUGCGAAACCAAGUUACUUAAGAAUGUAUUAUGGAGCAGAAAAAUUCCAUAGACCAGGGCUAGUUUAUAGUGUAGCACAGGGACAACUCAGGGACGGUUUAAUACAAAUGGGCUACCAGUUACUCGGAGCAGGCUUCAUUUUUGUAUGGAAUGUAUUCAUGACAAGUUUGAUUUGUAUAUCCAUAAGUAAAUUUGUUAACCUUAGAAUGAGCGAUGAUGCUCUUAAGGUUGGUGACGAUGCUGCCCAUGGCGAAGAAGCUUAUGCUUUGUGGGGUGAUGGUGAAUUGGGUCCUCCUAUGCGCCUUCAUAGGACUCCAAGACUUCCUUCUUUUUGUCGCCGAUCUUGAAGCAAUAGUAGUUUUAACAACUAGAUGCAACCUAUACAUAUCUAUAUAGUACUUGAUAACAUUGUGGCUUCAAGGUGAAUUACGUGGACAAAAAAUGUGCAUUCUGUAUAAGAGCAAUCAAGUUCAGUUGUAUGUGAGACAGUUUCAUAUAUCUUUUCUAUAAUUGAAAAUAAUGAUUGGAGUGAUCAGUUUGAACAAUUA